AUGAUUUUGCAUCUUGUCAAGGGAAUAAUCUUCGUGAUUCUAAUAGGACUUGGAGCUGUGGGGAACAUUUUUGUUCUUGUAAACUAUAUGAGUGUGUUUAGAAGCMCUAUGAAAUCUAUACACCUCAUUCUCAUCCAUUUGGCUUUUACAAAUAUGAUAACACUUUUUUCAAAAGUAAUGCCAAGGACAAUUACCAGUUUUGGGUUGAGAAGCCUCGUAGGUGAUACAGCCUGUAGGAUUGUGGUUUAUUUUGGUAGGGUGGCCCGAGGAAAAGUUGAAAAGCCCAUUCUCNUUCUCAUGGUCCUUCGAGAUGCUGUGUUCCAGGGUGUCAUGGGCUGGGCCAGUGGCUACUUGGUCUUCCUCCUCCACAAGCACCACCAGCAGGUGCUCCACCUUCAGACCUCCAAGCUCCUCCACAGAACCCCCCCUGAGGUGAAGGCUGCAAAGAGUGUUCUCCUUCUGAUGCUCUGCUUUCUCUUCUUCUAUUGGACAGAUUGCUUUAUGACUUUAUAUGUAAYYUUCUYCUURGAGAAGCAUUUCCUAGAAGUAAKUGYUCUAGAACUUGUGGACCUUGGCUACGCUGUCCUCAGCCCAUUUGUGCUGAUUCACAGGGAUGGACACCUKGCUGAGUGUUGUCGUGCUCAGUGA